AUGCCUAGAUACAUUUACCUCCUACAUGCCAACGACGAAUCCGAGCUCGGUGCAUCAACACCAGCCGAGAUGAGCGAGAUGCUCGCGAAAAUGGGAGCAUACAACCAAUCCCUGAAGGACGCCGGACUCUUCAUAACCGCCGACGGAUUCCGCGCGUCUAAGGAGGGCGCCAGGGUCACUUUCUCUGCCAACUCAACUAAUGUGCAGAAUGGACCUUUCAACCGGGAGGGGCUUAUUCGUGGAUAUUGGAUUGUGAAGGCGAGGGAUCUGGAUGAAGCGGUUGCUUGGGCGAAGAAAGCCCCUCUUGAGGAUACGACGAUUGAAGUCAGGAGGUUUGGGGAGCUGGAGGACUUCAAAGAUAUCUUGGCCGGGCAGUCGGAUAAGUGA